AUGGCAUGGUCGUCGACGCUGCACCUUUGGCACCCUGCCGUUUUUGCCUCUUCGGAGCGCAGUACUGGCACCUUCGGAGCUGCUCCGCUUCAUGAAACAUGGCGGAAAGAAAAAAAGUCGAAAAAUUGCCCGAGCCAAAGCCGCGUGCUCUUUGAAUUUGUUUUGGUCGCCAUCUUGGCCAGCUCGCUGCCCUUCGCCACAGUCAAUCCUGAAUCGCCCGACUGA